GAGGCACGUGGCUGUGGGCUGGUUAAAACGACACGCUUUGGGAACAACGCACAGACAUCCGCCUCAUUCCGGCGCAAGGAAAAAACAUUAAAAAGCCAGGUUUUUAAUGUUUUUCUAACUCUGUUUCGUUCUUGAUUUCUUACCAUGAAAAGUUCACCGACGUGGCGGCGGUGGUGGACGCGGUUUCUUCUCUUCCUCUCCAAAGCUUAGCUUGCACCUGCGGAGACUCUCCCCUCCCUUCUUCACUUUGAGCUCCUUCUCUUCACGUUCCUUUCCGGUCCGCAGGCACUCUCACGCCAGCCGAAGUUGGCUCGAGGGGGGACUACGAGGAAAGAUGGAUGGCGGGUCGAGAAUGAAUAGAGCCAAGCUCCGAGUCGCGGUGUUGAUGGCGGUUUUCUUAGUCUGCGUCGAAAAUCUGAGCUUCUGUUGGUCUCUCAACGGCGAAGGUGUAGCGUUAUUAAGAUUUCGCGAGGGAGUGGAGAGAGAUCCUUAUGGGGCUUUAUCGAAUUGGAAAGACGAUGUCGGAGUUGUGGAUCCCUGUUCGUGGUUGGGUGUGGAGUGCUCGGACGGACAAGUAGCGGUCCUGAACUUGAAAGAUCUUGGUCUUGAGGGAAUGCUAACUCCUGAACUGGGGAAGCUGACUCAUGUAAAAUCCAUUAUUCUACGCAAUAAUUCUUUCCGGGGAAACAUCCCUGGGGAGAUUGCAAAACUGAAGGAGCUGGAAGUGUUGGACUUGGGAUAUAACAAUUUUAGCGGCUCUUUUCCAUCUGAGCUUGGCAAUAAUCUGUCCCUCACAACCCUAUUACUUGACAACAAUGAGUUCAUGGGUUUUAUCUCUCCUGAAAUUGAUGAGCUGAAGACAAUCUCUGAAUCGCAGAUGCAUGAAAGGCAAGAAAGUAGUCUUGCCAUGGGAGCGGACUCUAAUAGCAUGACUAUUAUCCGGAAUGGUGUUCAUCCUCAAACUGCAACUUACAGGAGGCAGAUACUGGCAACAGAGGCCUCGAAACCAUCCAAAAACAGUGGGGACAAACCUAAUAAGAAGAGUUUUGAAGCAUCGCCAUCUCCUGCUCCGAUACCUUCUUCACAUGGUCUCAAGUCACCUUCACCAUCACCUUCACCAAAUUCACAUCCACGAGCACACUCAAGGGGUCCAUUUUUCUCACCAAAAUCAUCAGUUGCUCCAUCACCCUCCCCGUUGGAGCCUAUUCCCCCUUCCCCAUCAGAAUCUCCUCGGAGCAUCUCUCUGACUCCUUCACCCUCACCAAUUGUUACACCCGUUCAUGCACCGACAUUACCAAAGCAUCCCAUUGUUGCACCCCCAAACAACUGGAUCACAGCGCCUUCUCCUAUUUCAACUUUUGGUCUAAAUCCUAGUACUCACUCCAACAGGAAGCAUCAAAUGGUUAUCAUCACUACGGCAGUAAUUGCAGGGUCAGUAGUAAUCUUAAUAUCAGCUGCUGCCAUGUUCUUCUUCCGACGCAAUAAGGUGGUCACAGUGAAACCUUGGGCCACAGGGUUGAGUGGGCAACUGCAGAAAGCUUUUGUAACAGGGUCAAAUUUUGGAUUCCAUAAUCUACGUCAUAGGAAAAGUGAAGGGGAACUCCCACCCUCCUUUACUGUGUGGCACAUAUACAGAACAAACUUCAUCUUCCAGUCCUUCCACUCAGGGGUGCCCAAACUACAGCGGUCCGAACUUGAAGCAGCUUGUGAGGAUUUCAGUAAUAUAAUUGGCACUCUAUCAGAUGGCACGGCUUACAAAGGGACAUUGUCUAGUGGAGUCGAAAUCGCUGUGACCUCAAGUGCGGCUGCAUCUCCUGAUAACUGGUCAAAAGACUUGGAAGCCCAGUUCAGAAAGAAGAUAGACACAUUAUCAAAGGUGAACCACAAGAACUUUGUGAACCUUAUUGGCUUUUGUGAGGAAGAGAAACCUUUCACGAGAAUGUUGGUUUUUGAGUAUGCGCCAAACGGAACCCUCUCUGAGCAUCUGCACAUCAAAGAAUCGGAGCACUUGGACUGGGGAAUGAGAUUACGGAUAAUAAUGGGCAUAUCUUACUGCCUCGAGUACAUGCAUGAGUUGACACCGCCAAUAGCACAUGGGAAUCUGCAGUCUUCAUCCGUGUUCCUGACCGAGGACUAUGCAGCUAAAUUAUCAGAUUUCAGUUUCUGCAAUGACUCAGUAGCCACAAAAAUUGGAUCAGCUGCUGUCGAAUUCUUGGAAACACCGACAGUCGAUCCAGAGAGUAAUGUGUACAACUUAGGUGUCAUUAUAUUCGAAAUAAUAACCGGCAGGAUCCCGUACUCGAUGGAUAACGGUUUUCUAGUCGACUGGACAACUAAGUAUCUUAGAGGGGAGAUGCCCAUAAAGGAUAUGGUGGAUCCAACUUUGAAAUCUUUUAAAGAAGAUGUGCUCCAGAAAUUGGUUGCAGUGAUGAGAGAAUGUCUCAAUCCUAAUCCUCACGAGCGACCAAGAAUGAGAGAGGUCAUGACCAAGUUGAAAGAGAUCACAACAAUGGAACCUGAUGUAGUUUCCCCAAAAUUAUCUCCCCUUUGGUGGGCAGAACUUGAAAUUAUGUCAACAGCAUCAAGCGAAGAGGUGAAGUCCGAACCUCGGGGGUAGAUUAUAAGACAUGCUGAAGGUCUUCGAUCUUUUACCUGGUUUCUCUGUUGGGCAUCGGAAGCAGCUUGUGCAGAGUAUACACUAAGCUUUUUUUUAGAGGUUUGCGGUUCUUGUAGAUAAAUGAAAAUGAAUAUGGGAAUCGCUCUGGUUUGCUUUACUUUCUGCAAUGCAAAACCCGAUUGUUACGUCACGCAUGAGAUCAUGCCAAUAAAAUCACCAUAGAUUGUUUUCUUAUAUU